CAGAGUUCGGCCGAGGCUGUCAGUGUGUGUAUGAGCCCCAUGUUGGUAGGAUGUGGGGGCUGUCCCGCUGCCUGAGAGUUCCCCGGGGACGGCUGCUGCUGCUUCCUGCCGGGGUGCAAAGGUCCUUCUCCUCCGUCUCUCCCACUCCUCACAUCUGUAUCGUUGGGAGCGGCCCGGCGGGGUUCUACACAGCCCAGCACAUCCUCAGGCACAACCCUCAAGCUCAGGUCGAUAUCUAUGAGAAACUGCCAGUUCCCUUCGGCCUGGUGCGCUUUGGCGUGGCGCCGGAUCACCCAGAAGUAAAGAAUGUUAUUAACACCUUCACGCAGACAGCUCGGUCGGAGCGCUGUACAUUCCUGGGCAAUGUGACGGUGGGCCGGGAUGUGACAGUGGAGGAGCUGCAGGGGGCCUAUCACGCUGUGGUGCUGAGUUACGGUGCUGAAGACAAACGUGAGCUGGGGAUCCCCGGAGAGGAGCUGCCCGGAGUCCAUUCUGCCAGGGACUUUGUGGGCUGGUACAAUGGGCUCCCUGACAACAGACAUCUUCAUCCAGACCUGAGCUGUGACACGGCGGUGAUAUUAGGGCAGGGGAACGUGGCUCUGGAUAUUGCUCGUAUUCUCCUUUCCCCAGUCGACAUCCUGCGAAAAACAGACAUUACCCAGACUGCCUUGGAUGCUCUGAGCCAAAGCCGCAUACGGAGGGUGUGGAUGGUCGGGCGCCGUGGGCCUCUGCAAGUGGCAUUUACCAUAAAGGAGUUGCGGGAGAUGAUAAACUUACCAGAGACUCGGCCAAAGCUGGACCCCGCUGAUUAUGUGGGUUUGGAGAAGGCAAGCAAAGACCUCCCUCGGCCAAGGAAGCGCCUCACCGAGCUGCUAGUGAAAGCUGCACUGGAGAAGCCUGGCCAGAAGGUGGCAGCCAAUUGGGCCCAGGCUGAGAGAGAGUGGGGCUUGCGCUUCCUAAGGAGCCCCCUGGCCGUGUUACCCAGUGAGGAUGGGAAGAGAGCAGCCCGGAUCCGCCUGUCAGUGACUCGCCUGGAGGGUUCAGGAGAAACCGCUGUGGCAGUCCCCACAGGGCAGGUGGAAAACAUAUCAUGCGGUCUGAUCUUUAGCAGCAUCGGGUACAAAAGUGUCUCCAUCUCUUCGACUGUCCCCUUCCUGCCCCAGCAGGGUGUAAUCCCAAACUCUAUGGGCAGAGUUGAAGGAAUCCCAGGCCUGUACUGCAGCGGCUGGGUGAAGAGAGGUCCCACCGGAGUCAUAACCACCACAAUGACAGACAGCUUUGAUACAGCACAAGCCAUUCUAGAGGAUGUCCAGUUGGGAGCCUUGAAUUGGUCGGAACCUCGGCCAGGCUCUGUAGCUAUCCGAGAGCUGCUUCACCUUCGGGGGAUCCAGCCUGUCUCUUUCUCUGACUGGGAGAAAAUCGAUGAGGCAGAGACUGCCAAAGGUCUUGCAGUUGGGAAACCGAGAGAGAAGAUCCUAGACACGGAGGAGAUGCUGCAGUUGGUCUGUCGGUAACUUGCACUUUAGCACUUUGCACCGUGACUCCUCCUCACACAGACACUGGAAGUCUCUUGCUUAUCAGGUCACGCAACAGAUUCAGUGGUGCCUCCAAAUGAUCUGUAGACUUUACCUCAACCCGCCCAAUGCUCAGUCUUGGGACCUAAUUCUUUUUAUAUUAUGUAAAGUAAGUUUUAAGUAAUUUAAUAAAUGAACCAGGAAAGUUGUAGAA